AUGAGAGUCGAGGCUGUAGAGUCUUGGAAGUUGGCAACGCUUUCACUUUCUAACAUGAACAAGGAGGUGAGCUGAGAUAUUUUAAUCUCGAUUUUAGAAUUCUUGAAGCUUUGGCGAAUACAAACCGAGACAUUCUCAAGCUGUGUCUGUGAGAAACAUCUUGAACUAUUGGCAUCGGACGUGUUUACAGGUGUGGAGAAGAGAAUUUUCCGGAUGGAAAAGUUGUUGAGGAAAUGAAUUCUCCGAAUGGCAGAACGCCAACGAAACCAUUAUCAAAAUUUUAUUUUCACUGCCGAGUCAGUACGUUAGUAGGUCAUAUUUAUCUAACACUCCAGGUAGUCUUCGGUAGUCUUUUGGCAAGCUAGACUCUUGUACUGCAGUGAAGCAAAAUACAGAUUUGAAACAAUUCAGAUUUGAAGGAAACAGUCCCGGCCGUAUCGCAGUCGCCGAGGUCGAUAGUAAAUGCUUAAGUUAUUCGAGGAAUUUAUUUUCCCUCGCUGUCUUUCACAGUCGUCAUAUUAUUUUCUUGUAGAAUACCGCGGAAGAUAAAGCUUCAGUUUUAACGCGAAUCAAUGCGUUGUUGGAUUCAGCUCUGGAUCCCAGUAAGUUGAUGUACUGUUGCUGAUCAAAGGUUUUUCUCUUACAUUCAUUUCGUUGCGAGAUUAUUCAGUCAUUUUACGACUUAACGUGUUUUGUUUUGCAGACUCUGCUGGAAGGAGUCUGUUUUCGCCUCAACCAGUGUCGCAGCCGACCUACAGUUCCUUCAGCUAUCCAGGGUUCCAACCAACUCCGCCAGACUCCAGAUCUCCGAGCCCGAUGCACAUGGAUGAAAGAGCUGGCGAUCUUUUUAUGGUAAUCGAAUGCAUUUAAAAUAGAAUUUAGUGGUUUUAACAAGAACUAUUUUAGGUUGACUUAAAGCAAUUAGUUUUGGCUGCGUUUGUGUGACCUCUGGUCAUAGACGGUCAACUUUGUCUUGUAAAGAUGUGUUCAAUAAGCCAAGUGCUAGAGGAAAAUAAACUCAAUAUUUCGUCUUACUGGAUUAGUCUUUUUUCAUAGUACGCAAAUAGCGUGGAAAUCGUGUGGAUAAGUUUCCAAACGGAAAAAUAUUAUCUUCUGGCAUCUCGCAGACGAGACUGGACUUGCACUGUUUUAGGACGAAUGUGGCAAGAUUUCCGCAUAAGUAAACACUUAUCAUGUAUAUUUUUCUACUUACAGCGUAUUUAACUUUAUUACUUGUCAAUGCAACGAAGAAUACGGUCUGAGGGCUAGCAACGCAUGCCAAUCCAUGUAUAUUGUUUGGGUGGUGCAUUAUUUUUUGCUGGAUUAUUAAUUUUUUUAAUAUUGUUUACAAUGGAAAGAAUUUUUAAAAUUCAACAAAGAUAUACAGGCAGUCAUGAUAGACAUGUCUUACAGUAGUUGUGUGACGGUUUGAUAUUUAAUGUUGAAAAUUAGCUAUUCUAGGAGAGUUUCGUGACAGCAGAUUUUUGUGCGAGUAUUGAUCUUGUUACUUUUGUUGAUUUCAGGGUAACUUCUUGGCUGGUGGUGCUCAUUUUGGAAUGCAUACCCCACCAGAUAGCCUUCCCUCUUCUCCCAUUGGUCCAUUUUCCCCCUUUGGUGCAUUCCCUUUUUCUCCUAUUUCUCCAGUGGAUUCUGAAUCAAGCAUAAGUCCCAUUAGACCAUCUUACCGUACAGCCUCCAUGUUCCCUCGCUGUCAGCCGAGACAGAUUGGCCUGCCACCUACCAGUAUACCACCGACUGAAUUGUCAUAUGGGAGCUUGUUCACUGAUCCUCGCUGGGCUGGUGUAAAUCCAAUGUUUGGGUUAUGGAAUGACAAUAUGGGAUUUGAGUACUUGCAGCAGCAAGGACUGACUCACAUGUUAUCAGGUUAGCGUGUUAACCAAAAUGAAAUGCAGGAAUUCCAGCAGCCCUUUGUGACCCGAAUCAUGAUACUGACUCCCCCCUCCCCAUAAUAGUAUUAAAUGACAAGACUCGGACUGCUCUAGUUUAGAUUUGUUUAUAACUAUUAGUGCUAUAUAAUUUAUUGUGGCUUAAUUUUGUUAAUGUUUGUCUAUAUUCUUGUUCAAAAUUACAGGUUAUGUUCUCCUGUCAUACAAAUAAGUGCUAGAAUUAAUUGUGCUUUUUAUGACCAGGUGUAGAUUAUAGCAAAGGCAAUAUGAAGAAAUGGUCUGGACAGCUUCCUCGUCGUAACUAUAAGAACCCAAGCUACUCCACUAAAGUUUUUCUUGGAGGUGUGCCCUGGGAUAUAACAGAAGGUAAUUACUACAAUUUAUUGCUAAAACAUGUGUGGGGAAAAAUGUCAGCAACAUUUUUGUGAACAUGAGACAUAAAGAUGGUGUGUUUGAGAUGAUCACUCUUCAUUUACAGUAGUUAAAGGGGUGCAGUGUUUUUACUUAGAAGGUAUAUGAAAACUUGUCAAUAGAAAGAAUGUGAAAGGGGUACCUUUUCUAUAAAAAAUGGUUUAUAAAAGGGUAAGGGGUCGCACCUCGGGGCAGAGCCUCGCUGCUGUAUGAAACCUUGAUGUGUGCUCCCCCCAUACCAGGUGUCAAUCAAAGUAAAUUGGAAUGCUUGUCUGUCAGAAUCGUAGUGGGCUGUGGUCAUUCUCAUAAUUACAUGAGAACUGCAUUUUUUAGUUCAACCCUUUUGACUGCCAUUUCUUUUUGUUCUUGUUUAGCCUCUUUAGUCAUGUCAUUCAAGCCAUUUGGUUCCGUCAAAGUGGAGUGGCCAGGCAAGGCUGAUGGCCGUCACCUACAUCACCCCCCUAAAGGUAAGGUUUACUGUUAUGAUUAAUCACAACGCUGUGUGUUAAUGUACUGAAUUUGCCAACUACUGGCCUUACUAGGGUUGUGCAUUAAGCAAUUGAACAUGAAGUGGCAUCAAGCAAGUGAACAUGAAUAGGUAUUCACCCAGAAGGAAAUCAAUUGUCUCAGACAACUGGAUUGGACUAUUUAAAACCUGAUUAAGACUGCCUGUAGUGUGGAGGCCAGGGCAUUAAUAGUUGUUGAAAUGUAGAUGUAGUCUUAACAAUGCAUGACGGGAAAGAUGUAAAUAUUAUUUUUCAUGUCACCAUCCUGAGAUAAAGAUAAUUUGAACAUGGAUUCCAUUUAGCUGCAGAGGAACUUGAGGCUACUGAGCUCUACCCUACAGCUAUUAAGUGUUGAAUAAAGCUUGAUCUGUGGAGGUGUGUUUGGCUGUGUGGUUAGCACUUUGACCUCCAGAUAUGGAGGUCGAGGGUUCAAGCCUCGCCUGUAACAUUGUUUUCUUAGACAAGGAACUUACUGCACUUUGUCUCUCUUCACUCAUGUAUAUAAAUGGGUACUGGGAACAUACUGCUGGCGGCUAACAUCUAUCCUGUGGGGAGUAGCAGUACUCCUAUAGGCAUACUUCAUGCAAAGGAAACUGGGAUAAGCUCUGGUUGUUUGGUCAUUUGGCUCAUGUGCGCCUUUUAAAAUGCUUGAUCAAAUUUUGUAAAGUGAAGCUUUCACAUGUAUGUAUUACAAUAAUAAUUUAAAAAAGUAAUGUUGUUUAAUUCUCUUUGAUUUUUUUUCAGGAUAUGUGUACUUGAUCUUUGAUUCUGAGAAGUCAGUUAAAGCCUUAUUAGCCUCCUGCACUCAUGACUUCUGUAAUGGUGGAGACUGGUACUUCAAGAUUUCAAGUAGAAGGAUGAGAUGCAAGGAGGUAAAUAAAUAUUUUAGGAACUAAAUUUGUUUCCAAAUACAAAAACCCAAUUCCUAAUUGUUUGUUACAACAACAAAUUCUGCUUAUGUUUUAGCUGAAAAUAAGCUCAUGGGUGGAUGUUUUUUUUACAGGUUAUCUAGCUAAAGCUGUUCAUCAAAAUGACCUCUGUGAAACAUAAGAUUAUGCUACUCGCAAAAUGACAUUUUUUACUUUUUUCACAUGUGUGACCAUACGUUAAUUUUCCGGAAUAUUGUAGUAUUGUAAUAUUAUGCUGAUAAAAUAUUUCCACCUGAAGUAGACAAUAACUUGUGAAGGUGGAUUUCUUUGCUGUCUUCUAAAUGAAAACUGGUUUUUGGUUUUCUGUAGGUUCAAGUGAUUCCUUGGGUUUUGUCUGACACCAACUAUGUCCGUGGCCCGCAUCAGAGAUUGGACACCAGUUGGACUGUGUUUGUCGGUGGACUGCAUGGCAUGCUUAAUGCAGGUGGGACAAUAAUUAUUUAACAAUAUUAUAUAGAUUCAGCCAAGGCCAAAAGCAAAGCUCUUGAGGAAUGCUUUAAGAAAUGGCCUUCUCUAGUAACUCAACUUUUGCCAUAAGCAGAAAGCAAACUGAAUUCCACCUGUAAAAAAUGGACCUGUGAUCAAUUGAAAACCAAAAACUGGUCAGCAGAUGACUUUUAAAAAAUGCGUCACCUCCAUGAGUUGUAGACCUGAGCCUGCAAUACGGUCAUUUGACACUGGUCAGCAGAUACCUUUUUUGACAGUUGUCAAUUGACCUUAACAUGGAUGUCCCAUACCAAGUUAAACACUGAUAGUAUAUUCCUUAGACUCGUCAGUUUACAUGUUGUGUACGGACGGUCAGUCGCCGGUUGUGCACUGAUGUCACAGCCAAAACUUCUUGGAUGGAUAGAUUACCAAAUUUCUUAGCAAUGGAUGCUUGGAGCUCUGCUAUUAAUUAAUUAUAAAUACUACUUUGUUGCCAGUGUUUAGACGUGUCACCCCCUUCUAAGUUAUAGGGAUUUUCUAUAGAUCAGAUGAUGGCAACGGCAAUGAGAACGUCAAAUAAGCUAAACAACAACUCUGCACUAUCAAGCUUUUUUGUACAUUUCUCCUGUUUUCUCUGACAAAUAGACUAAUGGUAAUCUUUCUUCCUGCAUGGCAUUUCUUUACAUACCCUUUCCUUGUUUUUUUUCCACACAUUUUAGUGGCUCUGUGAGAGGUAGUGUAUGGCAUGGAAGGGCUGAAACCCUCUUGUAUGGGUGAUUAACACCUUUUUAUAGAAUACCUUACUAACUACUGUUUUCAUUUCUAUUGUGCAGAGGGCCUGGCAUAUAUCAUGAAUGAACUGUUUGGUGGGGUAGUCUAUGCUGGUAUUGACACAGAUAAACAUCGCUAUCCCAUUGGUAAGAUUCUUGUUAUUGUACAUUUUACUCACUAUGUGUCUUCUCGCUGGCUACAAGCCUACAGUUAAUUUUGCGUGGUUUUCUAGAGCAGUGUCAAACUGUGUUCCACUCGAUGGUGUGUUUGUCGUUAUUUUCUUCAAAAUAAUAAUUUAUAACAUUUAACAACUGCGUCGCUGAGUGGAGGUGGGUGCCUGGGAUGUCCAGGCGCUUCCACCUUUGGCACGGCCAGCCCCUAGACAGAGUUACGCCCCCAUGGCUGGCAAACCCGUGCCCUCCAGCCAUGAGGCCCCCACGCCAAUGGAACCAGGCACCCGUCACACUGAUUUAACAGUGGAAGAAUUAAAGGGGGGGAGGAAUGGGGGUAAAAGAAUAAUCCAAAGGCUAAACGAAGAGAAUGGCCACCACGAAAACACUGUACUGAGCACAUGGAGGUAAUGCAAGCAAGGCUGACCGCGCUUGAGCCAAACGACUGACCGCUGACCACGCUCGCGCUCCUUGUUGUUAACUCUGUUAAAUAAAUAUUUAUUUAACCUCAUUAAAACAGUUAUUAGGUUCAGUUUGUGUGAUAUCCAGAAUAAUCAACUUUGCAAUUCUUUUUAACUGUUACCAUCCUUGACAUUCAUUAUUCUUGCUAUCAAAACAACCUCAUCCCAUAAUUGUUUAUUAAAUGCCUCAAUUAUUAUAGGGUACUGGGGAAGCCUGAUUUUCAAAUUUAACAGUCUCAUUUUUUCCUCAUCAGGUUCUGGCCGCAUUACAUUUAACAAUCAGAAGAGUUUCCUGGAAGCUGUAAGAUCGGGUUUCAUAGAGAUUGAGACCCCAAAAUUUGUGAAGAAGGCAAGUGCUGCUAUCUGAUGUUAAAUGUAUGCUUUCGACAAAUUAGGCAUCACCAAUUUACAAAUUUUUCUUUUCACCUUAGAGUCAGCUCAGAGUGCAAAGAAAGUAGUGUAGUGUCUGAUAGCCCGGGGCUAGUGGAUUUUGCUAUCAGGCUAGUGAAUUCUGUUGUUAACUUGCCCAACGGGCAAGUGAAGUUUUUUGACAAAUUCAAAUUUAAUAUAGCCUGCGUAGCUGGCGGUAUUGUGUGGGUGCCAGAUUAAAGUUUUGGCGGCAGAGCCGUGUUCCAAAAAAAGGGAGUAGGGACGAGGCGGUUGAAAUACCUCGCGGCUUCGCCGCUCUUGACGGCUCCGCCGUCAAAUCUCACUCAAAUAUAUUACAACGGCUCCGCUGCCAAAUCUCACUCGACUACUACACAAUACCGCCAGCUACGCAGGCUAAUUUAAUACAGAAGUAAUGUGAAAUCAAUAUGCUCAUCAAAACGUUUUUGGUGCUAGUUGAAAUGAUGUUUGGGCGAGUAAAUGUUAGCUUCAGCUUGCCCGAAUGGCAAGCUGUAAAAGUGACGUUCUUUGCACCCUGCAGCUGUAGAUCAUUUUUACCUCCUUACAGGACGAAAUAAAGCAUUAAGUCAACAAUUCUUUCUCAACAUGUUCUUUCGUCCUUAGUAGUCUAACAGCUUGGCAGAACCAACAGGUCCUUGAUAACAGCCCUAUUGAGGUUGCCGGAGUAAAGCAGUCCAUAUUAUUGUACUUAUUUCCCCAAAAUGGUUAAACCUGCAGGUCCAAGUUGACCCAUAUUUAGAGGACUCUAUGUGUGACAUUUGUCGUACUACCACGGGCCCCUUCUUCUGUCGAGAGGAAUCCUGUUUCAAGUACUACUGUCAUUCAUGUUGGUUAUGGCAUCACUCUAUUGAAGGAUAUCGUCAGCACAGGUAA